AUGGACGCGUCACCAAUCACUCUAGACCCGCUAGCCCGGUCGCUCAGCGGUACCUUUGACAACUCAUUCGAGGGGAUUUCGUGUCGGCUGUCGCCAGAUCUGGCCGAUCCCAUAAUGGGCUCAGAUACAAUCUCAGAUGAGGCACGAUCACUCGAGUUCGAAAUACUGGCGCUCCAGCUCUCGCUCGAGAGUGGACGCUAUUCGUUCAUGACUAUGUUUAUGCAGAAGAUCCUCAAUUUGAGCAAGGACUCACAGAUCGUUGCGCGGAACUCUCAAGCCGUCACCAAUUCCAGAGCUGCGUUUGAAAUCUUGCCUCUGGUGUUCCUUCCACAUGACCUAUGGCUAAGUUAUGAGGUCAGUAUCCCAGAUGCUAUGCACAAAGUGGCCCUUCUCCAGGAAGCAAACACUGUACUACAGGCGUAUUUGGGGGUCUUGGCAAAUGAGGAACUUUUGCUCGUAGAUGACAAAAAGCUACAGCUGAUGGAACUAAUAGCUCAGCAGUAUUGUCUGAUGGAUGAUGUGACUGCUCCUGCAACUCCCUCUGCACCUCCAAGAAGUCCCUUGCAACAGAUCACCACGACACAGGAGGAUCUUCAAUCCCCCUUGUCAAAGCAGAACUCUCAGACAUCCCGCCCAUCAUCCUAUCAGGAACCCCUUACUCCGCUCUCGCGUAACUCCACACUAGUAAGCAGAAUGCCUAGCUUCCAGCGCGAACUCCCGAAAGUCAAGAGAAAACAUUCUUUUUUGGGCCAUAUCUCUCUUUCUCCUGGUCCAGCCUAUUUCGAGACAAUUUCUCAGACUAGUCCUUCCUCGCUACUGUCUCCUCUAUCGCCCGAGUCUGCAUUCCAGUCUCCAACGAGACCGCCGAUGACUAAUAUCUUCUCAAAAUCCAAGUUGUAUAGUAGAAUGAAGAGACGUCGUGAGCUGCAAGCACUGAUAAUGAGUUCAUCAACCACAGCCUCAAAUGGUGGUACCUCCGGAGCUCCAUCUGUGCGCCCUGAAUCUACCAUCUCUGACCACUCCGGAUAUGAGCUAGAUAAGGCUGUCCUUUUGGAAAGAUACAUUGAGAAUCAGAAGCAGAAGCAUGCCUACUAUGUUCAAAUAAGAAACAUUCGCGAGUCAGUCAAAUCGCUCCUAGUAUACCUUAAACGUCCAGGCAUUCUGGCCAGCAUGAUCAAGUUGUUGGAGUUCGUCAAGGGGUUCAUUUUCAAGAUGAUUCUUGUUGAUGUUUGUCGCAUGCUUAUUGAUUAUGGACACGCAAAAGUGGUGGAGGCAAGUCGGUAG